GGCCUAAGAUGGCGGCGCUGCGUGAGGAGAUCGCCCUGUGCGAGGUGGCGGCGGGCGCCGGGCGCGACAGCCUGCUGGGGGUGGAGCCGGGCCGCGAGGCCGACCACUUCCUGGUCACGGACAACAGCAGGACCGUCACCGUCUACAAGGUUUCAGAUCAAAAACCCUUGGGCUGUUGGUCAGUCAGACAAGGUCAAAAUAUAACAUGUCCAGCUGUGUGCAACUUUCCAACUGGAGAAUACGUUGUUGUUCAUGAUGAUAAGGUUCUAAGGAUAUGGAAGGAUGAAGAUGUAAAUUUGGAUAAGGCAUUCAAAGCAACACUGUCAGCUAACGUAUACAGGAUACACUCCCUGCCAAACACUGACCUGGUGGUGCUCUUCAAGCAGGGAGCCGUCAGAUGCUUAGAUGCUUUGCUUGCCAAACCCCAACAGACAAUUGAAGCUGUUAUUUCCGAUGAAGAAGUAAUAAAGUGGACGGAGCUGUUAAUUGAAGCUCAACAGCCUAUUUUAAUUUUUGUCACAGAGAAGCAUGGAAAUUAUUUUGUGUACGUACAGACGUUUCACCCACAUAACUUAAACAAAUAUGCACUCUUACCAGGAGACGAAAAAUCUAUUCCUCUGAGUUUUACAGCAUGUGUUCAAAACAGAAACGUCUCACUACUGUGUUUAGGCUCCAGUGGGUGUGUCUAUAAGGUUCUGGUACCAUUUACUAAAAAUGAUCCAAAAGAAAAUCAGACUCUGCUCUGGACGCUACUUCUCAAGUCUGUAAUGCCCUGCAGUAGCAGAAACGGUGGAUCACUUGUUGUCUUAGAUGGAAAUAAUGUCGCCGUCCUGGGAACAUCAACCGAAGUUGCUAAAGAGUGUCUCUCCAUAUGGGACUUGAAAUUUCAAACAUUACAGACUUCCAAAGAACUUCCUCUUGGAACUAGUGGGCAACUCUGGUGUCACGGCCACAGACUCUUCUUACUUCAUGGGAAAUUUUUGACUGUGAACCCAUUUAAGUGUGAAAUAUCGUCAUUAGCAUCUGUUCUUGGAAAACUCAAGUCUGUUCAAGCUCCAGACCCCCAGGCCCUGUCUACCUUUGUAAACUGGAGGACAUUUCAAGGGGAAGGUCCCGAGUUCCAGGACUCAGAGCAAUCUGUCUCAUCAAAGGAACAGAUGAAGAGAGUUUUGAGGACAAGAAAAAACAAUGACACAAGAUGCAAGCCAGGGGCUCUGACAGCUGAACAACUACUGUCAGACAUAAAGGGUGCUUCCAAAAAGCAUAUUGAAGAACAAGUACCCAAGUUUUUAUCAAAUACGCAGACACCUGAUUUUCAAAUUUCCGUUGGGCAAAUAGCCACGGGAAUAGUGAGCAGGUGUAAAGUAGAAUCGACGUUUUAUCCCCAGAAGAGUUUGGUGCAACUUGUCAGAACCCAAGCUCUAUCUUACAGCUUGUGUCCCGAUUUGAUGAUGGUUGCCAUAGGAAAGACAGAUGUGCACCUGUUGCAACUCUGUCUGCAGCAGUUCCCCGACAUUCCGGAGCCAGUUAUCUGUGCUUGCUUAAAAACUUUCUUAAGCAUCAGUGAUGACUGCCUUGAAGGAAUAAAUGUAACGACAGACUCCGUAUCUGAACACCCAUGUAUUGAGCCAAAGGAGAAAAUUGAAAGACAAACCAAAGUUGUUCAGAAUGGCUUUGAUCCUGCAUCAGUGGAAGAGAAAAGCGGUGCUCCCCAGUUAAUUCAAACAUCAGACAGCAAAAUUGAUACCCCUGCAACGUGCCCUAUCACAGCAAAAAGGGCGGCUUUACUAAAUGCAAUUCUCCAAUCCGCUUACAGUGAAACGUUUCUUCUGCCUCACUUGAAAGACCUCACGGCGCAGCAUGUCAUUCUGUUUCUUCAGUAUUUGCAUUUCCUUUAUGUGAAGUGUAGUGAAAAUGUCAGUAUGACUCUUCCCGGACCGUGUCCUCCAACCCUCAACCAGAUUAUGGAUUGGAUAUGCCUACUCCUCGAUGCUCAUUUUGCCGUCAUGGUGAUGAUACCAGAAGCAAAGGAACUACUGAGGAAUCUCUACAUGUUUGUGAAAGACCAAGUAUGGGUUUAUUCUGAACUGAACAAGAUGGAAGGAAGUUGGAAAGAGCUACAGAGGCUACGCCGGGAAACUAACCUAGGAUUCUAUUGUAUUGAAGUACAUGAACUCUUUUGAGCGAGACAGACAUUUCUUCUCGGACUCUUUCACGAUACCUUUUUCUGCGGCUUUUUCCUACUCGCGUAGGCAAGAGAAGUGGCUUGUUCUGUGGCCACAUGGUAUUUGUCAAAGGCAGAUUUCCCAAUCUACCAGAAAUCAACAUCGGUACGUCUCACUCCCUGAGACUUCUGGGUUUCCUAAAGGACUGUUUUGGUCCCACAGACUGUGGGGAGAUGGGGAGGCUCUGUCUAAAAGAAAAAAAUUUUUAAUGUAAUUUGGUUGAUUUUAAGUAAACUGCUAUUUGUGUA